AUGCACAAGGAAAGCCUUGCCAACAAGGCCCCGUUGCAUUGUUAUUUGAUAGUCUCGCUGAGCAAUGUGAUUGCCAGCACCUGCCAGUACGAAGCCCUCAAGCACGUGUCUUUUGCCGUGCAGAUGCUGGGCAAGUCCUUCAAGACAAUUCCUGUAAUGUUGUGGGGCAUGGUGGUGAGUGGCAAGCAGCGACUUGGAGUUUACUUCUGCACGGAUGUGCAAUAUGCACAGUACAGCUUCACUGAUUGGUUGCUUGCAGCGGCUGCAUCGCCUGGUUCCAGCACAACUACUGGCCUGCUGCUUCUGUGCGGCUUCUUGGCGUUCGAUGGACUCACUUCGGUCAUGGAGGAGAAGCUAUUCAAGGACGUGUCUGCCAAGGUUUCAAGAGUCUGUCAUCCUUUCAUCUUUCAUCAAACUUUCAUCAUGCAGUACCGCCAUGCAGAACUGGCACGAAGAUGUGAUGAUGUGAACCAAAUAUCCAACCUAGAGGACUAUGACACAUCGAAGUGGAAUCAGAUCUUAUAUGUGAACUUGCUGUCCUCUGCUACCUCUGCAGCUGCUCUGGCGUUGGGCUUAUAUAGCGUGCAGCCUCACACAAUCGUAGGCCUGCAGGCGGGUGCCGUGUUAGGAGAUUGCUGCAGGUCGGAUCCGGCGAAAUGA